AUGGACCCCUCGAAAACACGAAUAACGCCAAAUUCCUUUCUCACCAAGGUCGGCUCGUCGAAAGACGGAGACCCGAUCAUAGUCUACUUCAUCCCCGGUAACCCAGGCGUUGUGUCAUAUUACCACUAUUUCCUAUCCCUAGUGGCGUCGAAUCUUUCCUCUUCUUCUUCUGCCUCUGAUGCGUUUGCAUCCCUCGCGUCUGCUGAGCUCGAGAAACGAACCGGGGCCGGUGCAGCUAAUAGUGCACCGGAGAGCAGUAGCAGCAGCAGCACGCGCAGUGAGCAACAUGUUAAUAGUAGCAGCGAUGAGGGCCGUCGUAAAUUCAAGAUUAUGCGCCGGAGGAGCAGUAAAAAGGUGAAAAGAAACGACGGCGGGCACCCGCACGACGACGAAAAGUCCGACCAUAAAUCUCUGAGCUCGCGCAAAGACGAGCUGUGGAAGUGCCAUCCCAAUACCAAUUCCGAAGAAUCAUUUUUAAUCACUGGGCGGUCUCUGGCGGGGUUCGAGAUUGACGACGGCGCUUCUUAUAUAUCGUCGUAUCUAUUAUCUACGUUUUCUGCGACGGAUGAAAUCCACAGUCUGCGCGACCAAGUGGAAUUCGUGGAGAGCAAUUUGGGCAAGUUCGUCCGCAGGUAUCAGGACAAGAUCACUGCGGCGGCGACUGCGGUCGCUGUAGCUGCCGGACAGAAGAAGGAUGCGGUCAAUAUUCGCAGGCCGCGGCCAAAGGUCAUUCUUUUGGGUCACUCUAUGGGGGCGUAUAUCUCCAUGGAAAUAUUGAGGAGGCGAAGGGAGCGAGAGUUAAAAAGGGCGGCGGAAACAAGGGAAGCCGGCAUGUCUUCUGACUCUCACAGCGGAGGAGACGGGGAGGUUGAGAUGGAUAUCAUCGGCGCCCUGAUGCUGUUUCCUGCAGUGGUUGAUAUCGCGAAAUCGCCAUCGGGCAAGAAGAUGACGACGCUUGGAUACAUUCCUUAUCUUGACAUUUUAACCAGCCUGGCUAUGAAAGGCCUCAUGUCCGCAACCCCAGCUCCGGUAUUACGUCGCUGGGUCCGCCAUGUCAUGAAAGAUCCUCCAGACGAUGCUCUCGAUACCACUAUUGCAUUCCUGAAAAGCAGAACAGGAAUUAGACAAGCUCUACACCUUGCUGCAGAGGAAAUGGAGCAAAUCGGCCCUGACAAGUGGAGCGAUGAAAUCUGGGGUAUAUCCGAGCAACAUAAACCAUCCCACGACGUCAAAUCACACCUUACAAAGCUCGUCUUUUAUUUCGGUCGCAACGACCACUGGGUAGCCGAAAAGACGAGAGACGAAGUCAUCCAAGCACGCUCCGCAAAGGGCGGGCGUGGGCCAAAGAUGCUUAUUUGUGAUGAUGGCAUAGAACAUGGCUUUUGCAUUCGACAUAAUGAAAUCAUGGCCGAUAAGGUGUCUGGUUUUAUAAGAGAGAUUGUAGACGACUACAGGGCGAAGAAGUGA